AUGACUUCUAUUUCGCCGGACAAGAACUGUUCCACGAGGCAUACAGCAGCAGAUUCGGUGGAGUCGACGUUUCCUUCAACACGAGUUCGACUUCGACACCCUAAUCAGAUGUUUACGAUUGAAGAGUUCUGGAUCAAUGCAGUUCUCGACAAUCUUCGUGGCUUACCUGCGGAAUCAAGCUCGUCUUAUGAUGAAGAAGAAGUCGAAGCAUUCUAA